AUGUCUGUUGCAAAAGACAACCGAUGGACGAACACGAUUACCGAAUGGCGACCAUGGAUUUGGAAGCGACAAGUUGGCCUACCAAAAACAAGGUGGAGAGACUCGUUCGUAUUUGAGUUUGGAGAAACAUGGAUGCGAACCACCACUACUGAUCAAAAAAAAAUCAACUCCAAGCUAACUCCUGAACUCCUUAAUAGGGGUUACAAAACGAUGGUUUCCCCAAUAAGUCUAGCAGCACCCCUUACGGUCUUAUUCACCCAUUUCUCUUUUGCUGCGGCGGCUGCUUUACCAUUCAGUGACGAAGAAGUGAAAAAACACACAUUAGCUUCGCUUAACAUCGUUCCCGUUGACGACAAUCAUCAUGGCCACGAUUUUUACACAUACUUCCUCACGAAUUAUCCUGAGAAUAAGAAGAAUUUCAAAGGAGCUGAAAAUUCCACACCUGAAGAAAUUCAGAAGAGCAAAAGAUUUGAAAAACUAGGCAAAGCUUUCUUGCUUUCAAUGCACCUCCUCUCGACUAUUUAUGACAAUGAACCCGUAUUCCGGGAGUAUUCUCGUGACCUCAUUAGAAAACAUCCGAACAGAGAAGUUGAUCCAGAUACAUGGAAGGUCUUUUUCAAUAUCUGGACGAAUUUCCUCGAAACUAAAGGACAUCUAACCGAUGAACAAAAAGCCGCAUGGGAAGCUAUAGGAAGAAGAUUCCAUGAGGAAUUCUUGGCACAACUGCCCAAGUAA